UCUUCCAUCCAAUCCCAGACUUGCCGGCAGCGUUUGCUCCGCGUGAAUCCGCUCCUUUCGCGUUCCAGCAGGGCCCAAACGAGGAUCACCUACGACAUCAUGGAUCGGCCAGGUCCCGGGAACGUCCUCGAUCGCCUCACGCGGCACCCAUUUGCGCUUGCCCCGCUUCUGCAGCCGGCAACAUACCCACCUACAGCGCGCCUCAUCCUGCAUUCGGACAAGUUUCCAAAUGUGAUCGUUGUGGACGCCAAUGUAAGCAAGAUGAACACCAGAAAUCACGGUGGCGGUGGGAUGAGAGGGGUGGGUGAAGCUCUCGGUCCGUCGACAGUAUCAGCGGUGGACGGCAUGCAGUACGUUUCCAUCCUCGACGUCCUGCAUGCCGUCCACGCCGGGUUGUCCAUACCGUUCUCCCCCACUGAAUGGUCUGCCCUCGGCGGUGCGAAAAGCUGGAAGGCCGCUAAAGCCUACGGUCGCCGGAUGCAGGCGGGUGGUAAAGGCGAUUGGAAGCGGGGCGUCUGUCACCUCGACCUACUCGAAGGGGAUACUGCGUUGGUUGGCAUUGAGUCUCUCAGUGUCGCCAACGCUGGCUCUUCUGUCGGGCUAGGCAGAGUUUUUUUUGGGCGUCCG